CUCCGAAACACAUUUCUCUUUCCCCCCUGAAAAAUACACCCAUGACACGGCGGAUUUAAACCAGGAGCCGAUCCCGGAUUCCUCAUCAACCUGCAUCCAAGUUUUUGGGUCCCACCCCUCCCUCCCUCCCCCACUGAGGGCUGGCCAUGGAGAACUCAUCAGUGGCGUCGGCUUCGUCGGAGGCGGGCAGCACGCGCUCUCAGGAGAUUGAGGAGCUGGAGCGUUUUAUAGACAGUUACGUGUUGGAGUACCAGGUGCAAGGCCUCCUUAGUGACAAAAGUGAAACGGAAGGAGACGGGGAGAAAACCCAGUCACGCAUCUCACAGUGGACAGAGGACUGCAGUGAUAAGAUAGACGGCAGCUUGUCAUCAUCACGGGGGAGGGGCUCAUCCAAACCGGAUGAGUGGGAGCACAGUAGUAAUGGCAGCACAGGUUCCAGACCCAGCUCAGGCUCUCGUCCUGGUUCUGGAUCUAGGUCCGGCAGUAGGGGACGGAACAACCAGUUCAGAGCUCCAGCCAAGAAUGGAAACAGGGAAGGCUCCUUUGACAUUUUAGGCACAGACAUAUGGGCUGCCAACACCAUGGAGUCACAUGGGGCGACGUGGGACCUCCAGCCAGAGAAACUGGACUUCAGUCAGUUCCACAGGAAGCCGUACAGAGGCACACCAAAGCACCUGCCGCAUAUCGACCGGGAGGGGAUGAUGAAAGGCAAGUUUGAUGAUGACGAUGGCAUUGACCUGAAUGACAUGGAAAAAUUCCUGCCAGCUUUUGCAGGUUUUCCCCCACUGCCUAACGAAGCUGAGAUCGCACACACCAAAAAGCUCUUCCGUCGACGCAGGAAUGACCGCAGAAAUGUCCAGCCGCCCCCGGACCAGUUAACCGUGCUGCUGCCCGCUGACGGGAAACGGCGAGUGUCCAGAAGACAGCAGCGGCCGGCAGGAGGUGGAGGGAAGUCCCAGAAUCCUCAGCAGCAGCAACAGUCACCACAGCGGCAACAACAGCCAUCUUCUCAACAGCAGCAGAAUACAGAUCACCAGUCAGGUACCGCCAAGCAAGCCCACGGAGGACGCCCUUAUCAAGGCCAAGGAGCCCGCCAGGGGCCCCCACCUCACGGCUACAGCCAAAACCGCCGCUGGCACCACAACCAGAAGCACCAGCAGGUCCCUUCGCCUAAUGACAGGGGCCUAAUCAAGAGCACCAAAGAGACAGAGAAUGUUAAGGCAGAGGGACUGGAGCAGGAGAUGGAGAGAGGCCCCCGGGAAGGAUACCAGCAAGGACAGGCAGCAGAGGACAGAGCAAGAGAUAGAGGAGGGGACGGUCCUAAAAUCAGCCUGCUACAGUCCUCUAAAGAAAGACUGAGGAGGAGACUGAAAGAGAAGGAGGAGGUUCCUGUGGCAAAAACACCUCCCCAGCGGAACCGAAUGGACAAGCUGUUGGAGAUUCUUAACAGUAUGAGAAAUAACAGUAGUGGCGUGGAAGGUCAGCUCACCUCCUUCAUGGAGGAGGCGCAAAAUUCAGCCAAUUCGGAGGAGAUGUUGUCAGAGAUCGUCCGCACCAUCUAUCACAAAGCUGUGAGCGACCGAAGUUUUGCAGCCACAGCAGCCAAGCUCUGUGACAAAAUGGCCCUGUUCAUGGUGGAGGGCACCAAGUUCCGUUCCCUACUGCUCAACAUGUUACAGAGGGACUUCACGCGCCGGGAGGAGCUCCAGCAGACAGAUGUGGAGUGUUGGUUAGGCUUCAUUACGUUCCUGUGUGAGGUGUUUGGCACCAUGAGGAGCAGUGCAGGAGAGCCUUUCAGAGUGCUGGUGUGUCCCAUCUACACCUGUCUCAGGGAGCUGCUGGAGUCAUCAGAGGUGAAGGAGGAUGCAGUUCUUUGUUGUUCUAUGGAGCUGCAGAGUACGGGGCGCCUCUUGGAGGAGCAGCUGCCAGAGAUGAUGACGGAGCUCCUGGCGGCAGCGAGGGAUAAAAUGCUGUGUCCGUCUGAAUCCCAGCUCACUCGUUCGCUCCUCAUGGAGGUGAUCGAGCUCCACGCUCAUCGCUGGAACCCCCUUGAACCCCUAACCACACAAUAUUACAACAGAACCAUCCAGAAACUCACUGCAUGACUGCAGCAUCCAGACCCAAGAACCCCCACAGACCCAGACAGAGAGAU